AAAAACAGCAAUGAAACCCAGAUUAUAAGCUAUGAUGAAUGGAACCCAUACCCCAACAAGGAAUGGUGUGUCGUAUGAAAUGAUAUCAUCAAUGCCGUCGCGUAGCACACACGAAGGUAGCCUGAGUCAAGGCCUAGGUCAGAUGUCCAUGACUGAUGUCAGUCUGGAGCAGGCCCUGGAGAGAAUUCAGGAACUUCACAGAGAAAAUAAUGAACUCAGAGAUUACCUGAGGGACAAUAACGAAAAGAUGAAGAUUCAAUACCAGAAUCUGGCAGAAUGGAAGGAGAAGAUCCGCAGUAACAACAUGAAAAAUAAAGAAAAGUUUGACCAGACUAAGGAGGUAGUCCAGACUCUGACUAAAGAGAACGAGGAUCUUAAAAGGGAAGUCUCAAAAAAGGCUGCCCAGAUGACACAUCUAGAGAGGUCAGCUCAGGAGGUCAGGAGUGAGCUCAGAAACAAGGAGGAAGCUGUUACAGGACUUGUGAGGACUGUCGAGGAGCUGAAGAAAGCUUUAGAGAGUAAAUCACUAGACAGGUCCUCAGACUGUGUUGAUACGGUAAUUGUGAAUCAAGACAGAACUGAAAUAGAAGCCUUAGAAAAGGAAAAUGAAAGUUUAAAAUCUAAAAUAACACAGCUGGAAAAUCAGCUGGGACAAUUCAGAGAAAAUAAUGAAAGCUUAAUGCGGGACCUAAACUCUUACAAAAAUGUGAAACAAGAGCUUCAGGAAGAAAAUGCAAAACUGGAGAGAGAGAAUACAGAGCUUGGACAAAGAAUUGAAGGCUUGUUGAAUGAGAACAAGGGUGUGAAGACGGAGGCAAGGUCAUUGAGGAGCCGUGUUGAGGACCUAGAGAAGGAGGUGUCACGUUUCCAGGACGUAGCAGUCGGUAAAGAGGAGGACAGGAAAACACAAGGGGCAGAAAUGGUUCAGACAGAGCUAGGUGAACUAAGACAGAGACUGAAACAGAAAGAAGAAGAGAUUGCCUGGUACAAGGAGCAACAACAGCAACACAUAUCAAGUCUCACAAAGCAACAUCAGCAACAGAAGCAGGAGUUGCUGCAGCAACUGGAUGUGCUGCAACAUGAGCUUCAGCAGACCAAAGAUGAACAGACAAAGGCUUACACGAGUGACGUACAGAGCCUGCGCAGCCAAGUUCUGACCCUCAUUACCCAGGUCACCGAGUCCCAGAAAAGACUGGAAGAUGCUAACGAUGCUCUCGAAAAGAAGAGUAGCAAAUUACAGGAAGUAGAACACAUGCAAGAGGAGUUCCGACGACAACACACGGAGGAUGCCGCCCUCGUAGAAACACUGAGGUUGUCACUAAAAAGUUACGAGGACGCACUGACUGCCGAGAGAAAGGAACAUCAAAAUACCAAGAAAACGUCAGCUGAUCUCAGGCAGUCAUUUAACACGUUGGUUUCAGACCACAAGAAUUUGUCAGAGAAAUAUGAUAGAAUCAAACUUCAAGAACAGACACGUCCACAGGGUGGAUGUACAGAGACAGAGAAACAGAAGUUACUGGACCAAAUAGGUCGACUAACAGCCCAGGUGUACGCUGGUGAGGAAGCCAUUAAUUACAGAGAGGAGAAGCUUAACAAAGUACAGGAGGAGAAUAAAAAAAUCACAGAGGAACUCAACAAUGUGGUCCCUGUACUCAAAGCUCAGGCUGAGGUAUGGAAGUCAGAUUUUGAUGCUGAGAGAGAUGCUAGGGAACGUCUCCAUGCAGAAAAAACUCAACUGGAGAAUGACUACAAACAACUCCAGCUACGCAACCAGCAGUUACUGGAUGAGAUGGAGAACUUCUCUAAGCGACAGUUCCAGGAGAUGCAACAGCGACACUCCAACCCAGGCUAUCAGCACACUCUUCAACAACACCUUAGGGUGGGACAUCAGAAUCAUGGGAACCCAUAUCAAUUGACUCAGUACCCUCCCCAAAGUUAUCCCACCCAGGCCCCAGGGGCAGGGGCAAUGUACAAUGAUGGUAGACCUCCUCCUUCUGUUUCAACAAGUCAGGUCCACAGUGAAUCCGGGGAAGGAGAGGAACCCCAUCAAUUCGAAUGUCCAAAAUGUAAUCAGACCUGUCCAGACAUGGACACUCUACAGAUACAUGUACUGGACUGUAUUGACCAGGACAACCCUUGACAGAGCAUAGA